AUGCAGAUCUCCUCGUCACCGCCCCCGUUGCCUCUAAUUUCCGUGCUUCUCCCACCUCCCCCCUUCCACCCCUCAAAGCACGCAAUGGCUGCCACAGUGUUAUGGGCGAUGCCAGCGAGAGGGCAGGCCCGGCUCAUACGCACGAAAUUGCGAUUGAUCCGUCAUACCUCGACCUCACAGAAGACUUGGGAUUGGACCAAGCGCUCAACAACUGGAGAUGUUGCUAGAGAUGAGGUUGCCCAGCUGGCUGCUAGCCCUCGUCGCCCCCUGACAUUAGCAGACUUGUUAAAACAUGGGCGUCCACCACUAUCUAAAGACGCGCUUCUAGCUUCGGCGAAUUUCACUCUCUCCUUGCUCCCCGCACGGCUUGCCUCCAGAAUUCAAGCAUUACGAAAUCUGCCUUUCAUAGUCGUUUCCAACCCUCACGUGUCGAAGAUCUACGAAAAUUACCGCCAUUCCCUAUCCACCCUUCUCCCAUACCAACAAAGGCGAAUCACCACCCUCGAGGAGGAAAACCAAUUCGGCGACGUGCUUGCGGACCUUGUACAGACCCAUGCAAAUACCAUUCCGGUUCUCGCCCGAGGAUUCCUGGAGUGUCGGAAAUAUGUCAGCCCCGCAGAUGUGACACGUUUCUUGGAUACCCAUCUGCGUGCGCGUAUCGGUACUCGAUUAAUCGCCGAACAGCACUUGGCGCUUCAUUUUGCUUCUCAGCCAGUCAGCGAUGAGCCACCUAACUGCUCCAAGCCUCGCUCGCCCAAAGAUGCAGUUCCUUCGAAUUAUAUCGGCGUGAUUGAUACUGCGAUUCAACCCGCGCGUAUCAUCCGUCUGUGUGAGGAUUUUGUUGGAGAGAUCUGCGAGCUGAAGUAUGGGGUACGUCCACGACUCGUGAUUGGAGGCGAACCUGAGGCAUCGUUUGCCCAUGUUCCAGUGCACGUGGAGUACAUCAUCACCGAAUUGCUGAAGAAUGCGUUUCGCGCGACUAUCGAAUCUGGAAACGAGCGGGAGCCCAUUGAGGUGACUAUUGCAGCUGCCCCGGACGUGCCAGGGAAAGAGCCGCCGGUCGAAGGCGACGCCGACAUUGGCUUUCAACUAGAUGCCAAUGAUGAGGCGUACCCGAGUGAAGCAAUGGGUGCUUCUAAUCCCUCGUCGCAGAGCAUUACUAUUCGUAUCCGCGACCGGGGUGGUGGUAUUCCUCCGGAAGUCCUGCCUCACAUCUGGUCAUAUAGCUUUACAACAUUCUCGGACGUGGACUUUAAUUCGGAAAAUGGCAAUUUGGAUGCCCUGAACACAAUCUCUAGCAGUGGUGGCCAUCUAAGCAGCAUUGCUGGCCUUGGAUACGGACUACCACUCAGUCGAGCUUACGCAGAGUAUUUCGGUGGGAGCAUCGCUGUGCAGAGUCUUUGGGGUUGGGGUACCGACGUAUACCUAACCCUGAAAGGUGUUGGCAAGGUCGACUGA